GUUUUACUUGCUUAUCCGAGCAUAGUGAGCAAAGCCUUUAUUUUCACCUCACAUCUCACAUUCCAAUCUUUCGAUUUCAGUUUUCUCUGCCUUCGGUUUUUCCCCCACUAACGAGAGAAUUCCAAGAAUUGGUAAAUCGAUAUCGAUGGGGUUCCCUCGUAAAAAUAUACAAAAUUAUCGCGAUUCAGUUAGUUUCUUCUCAUUACUCCACUCUUCGCCUGAAUCUCUUUGUGUUCUUCUUUUUCUUCUGUCUAACAUUUUCAUCAUGUGCUUAUCUUACUCUCUGUGUUUACUUCUCAUUCUGCCAAUCAUAUUCUGACCUUGUGAUUUGUUUUCAUUUUAUUGUUAUCGCAAUCAAUAAAAAUCAUCAUUUUCAGAGUCAAGGAGAAGAGGUUUCUCUCAAUUCAAUUUUAUCAAGCUUACAAAGUGGCUCUGGCGUGGCCGCAUAAUUGUAAUCCGAAGGUAUUUUUUAUUAGAUUAGAUUUAAAAAUACGAUUAAAAAUUGAAAAAAAUUGAAAAGAGUGUCUGAUGUGAACGCCUCUAGCUUAGGACGGCCAACCUCGCUUCCAAUUGAAACUUAUGGAGAGCUUCUUCUUUACUCUUUGAUCAUUUUACUAUUUGUUAUUACUUGCUAUCGAUAUUGGGCAAACAACUUUAUUCAUUCACUCUCUUGACUAUUAACAACAAUUUAAGUUUAAUAAUGAACGGCAAUGGUAUUAAACGCCGCUCAGUGGCAAUUAUUGGUGCUGGCCCUGGUGGAUUAAUCUUAGCGCAUAAAUUUCUUCAACGAAAGGAUCUUUUCGAUGUCACUGUUUUUGAGAAACAAGCUGAUGUUGGUGGGACCUGGAUCUAUUGUGAAGACACAGAACCCAAUAAAUAUGGACUUCCAGUUCAUUCAAGUAUUUACCGAAAUUUGAGGACCAAUCUUCCGAUAGCAACAAUGGAGUUUGAUGAUUUCCCUCACAAUCAAAAUCCUUCUAAAUAUGUCAGUCACCAACAAGUCUUGAAAUAUUUACAGGAUUUUGCUCAUCACUUUGCUAUAAAAAAAUACACUAAGUUUUUGCAUUUAGUAACAAAAGUAUCUCGAGAUGAUGAUUUAUGGUUUGUGGAUUAUCGUAAUCUUGAAACUCAAGAAUCCUUUACGGAGACAUUCGAUGUCGUUUGUAUAUGCCAAGGACGCUUUUCAGUGCCAUAUAUUCCGAAUCAUAUUCCUGGUUUAAAUACUUUUAAGGGAUUGAAGAUCCAUACACACACUUAUCGAGUACCCGAUAUUUUUAAGAACAAGAGAGUGGCUGUUUUAGGAGGUGGACCUUCAGGAGCUGAUAUUGCUCUUGAAGUUGCCGAUGUUGCCAGUGAAACCUAUUUAUGUCACACUGUGCCGAAAAAUGGUAAUUUUUAUCCAUUUGGAGAUAAAAUAAUUCAAACUGGAGCCAUAUUCAAAUCAGUCGGAGAAGAUUCAAUUGAAUUAACGAAUGGCACUGUUUUACGAAACAUUGAUGCAAUUAUCUUUGCAACUGGCUAUCAAAUUGAUCUGAGCAUAAUAGACCCUUCAUGUGGAAUCGAAGGAGGUGAGGGUCGAGUUGAUGGUUUAUUCAUGCACAUGAUCAACAUAAAUUAUCCAACAAUGGCAUAUCUCGGUUUGAUGGAGAGGAUUCCAGUCUUUAACGUGUUUAGUCAAAUGGCAAAAUAUUUUGUUCGAACUUUGACUGGAGAGGCUGAACUUCCAUCUAAAGAUGAAAUGAUUUUGGAUCUUGAAGCUGAUAGAAAGGAAAGACAAUCAUUGAAUAGAAAAAUGAAACAUUCACAUCGAAUGUUUUGCGAUGAAAUGUGGCGUUAUGACGAAAAACUCAGUAUUUUAGGCAGAUUUAAGCCACUUUCACCUUUAACCAAAGCCCUUUAUGAUAAAUGUCUUGCACUGUUUGAGGGUGAAACCAACUACAAAGAUUAUCAAUUUAUUCUGAACUAUGACAAAGGAACAUAUGUAGCUUUGAAAAAAAUGACGAUGAAGCUUGAUUGACUUGGACAUUGGAUAUUUGUUAUUGGUCUAAACAACUAGAACUCUGUUUUUGUAUUAAUCCAAACAUUUGCAUAAAGUAAUAAGGAUUAAAUAUUUAGUGCGAAGG